AUGACUUUUAGAUGGUGUGACACUAGGUGUGUGCGAAAAUGGUGGCUCGCGAAAUCAAAUGUAUUACAUACUCCCAGUGUAAAACUAAGUUUAUCAUGCAGUCGGAUGGGACCAUUUUGGGGCCAGUUAGUUCCAGAAAACAAAGCAUUCUAUUCGGGGAGAUGGGAACCUUCCUUGUCUGGAAAAGCGUUUUCGGUUGUGAAUCCGGCUACAGGUGAACAUUUAGGUUUGGUUCCAGCUUGUUCAAAGAAUGAAUGUGAGAUUAGCGUCAAUGUAGCUUCAGUCAGUCAAAAAGAAUGGAAAUCGAAAACGCCGGGGGAACGAUCGUCAGUUAUACGUAAAUGGGCAGAUACUAUUCGACAGAAUGUUGACUCAUUGACGGAUCUUAUUGUAGCUGAAAAUGUGAGAUAUUCUGUUAUGUCUGUUUAUACAUUUUUAGACACUAAUACUGAGAAUUUAUUCUUUGACUCUAUGAUUACAAUUUACUAUCACGUUUCCUGGAAAUCGUCAUUCGAUGCACGUAAUGAAGUUCUGUCAGGUGUUUCCGCUCUGGAAUGGUAUGCUGAGGAAGCUAAACGUGUUUUUGGUCUUUAUAUUCCAUCACUAAGCUCUCAUUCACGGCGUCAGCUAAUUGCUCAACAACCAAUUGGCGUUGUUGGUGUAAUUACUCCGUGGAAUUUUCCACUUUCUAUGGUAACACGAAAAGUUGGUGCUGCUUUGGCUUCAGGAUGCUCUGUAAUUAUUAAACCAGCUGAAGAUACUCCAUUAACAUCAUUGGCUAUUACUUAUCUUGGUAUUGAAAAAGCGGGAAUACCUCCAGGUGUUUUGAAUGUAAUCACAGCCGCAGUUGAUGACAAUGGAGCAGAAGAAAUCGGAAAUGUAUUAUGUACUCAUCCCAUUGUUCGUUUAAUUGGAUUUACUGGCUCUACAGAAGUGGGAACGAUGCUUUACGCCAAAGCUGCUAAUUAUGGUAAACGCGUUCUUUUGGAAAUGGGCGGUAAUGCUCCGUUUAUUAUUUUUGAUUCUGCGAAUAUUGAGAAAGCCGUUACUGGCGCAGUAGGAUGUAAAUUUCGUUGUUCUGGACAAACUUGUAUAUCAGCAAAUCGUAUUUUUGUUCAUGAUGAAAUACAUGACGUAUUUGUUAACAAAUUAACUGAGGCCGUUUCUCGUCUUCACAUGGGUAACGGUGCUAAUCCAAAUACCAAUUUAGGUCCAGUUAUCAAUGAAAAGGCUUUAACUAAGAUUGAAAAAUUAGUUAAUCUAGCUGUAGAACAUGGUGCACAUCCAUUAAUUGGUGGCCAUAGUAGAUUAAAGGGUAAAAAUUCAUUUGGAUUUGAUUACUCCAAUGGUUAUUUUUAUCCGGCAACUGUUCUGUCGAAUUGUCACACAAAAAUGGCAUGUAUGGAAGAGGAGGUUUUCGGUCCUGUUGCUUCAGUUUGCAGAUUCAAGAAUGAGGAAGAAUUGAUUGAAUUAGCUAAUGCAACCCCAUAUGGUUUAGCUGGUUACAUUUACACUGAGAAUAUUAAUCAGGCUUGGCGAAUCGCAGAUGAAUUACAAGUUGGAAUGGUUGGUUUAAAUACAGGAUUUGUUAGUACUAUUGAAUUACCAUUUGGUGGAAUAAAAAACUCCGGGAUUGGACGUGAAGGUGGACCAAAUGCUUUACAUGAAUUUAUGGAUAUUAAAACAAUCACUUGGGAUACAUCAAAUAAUUGAAAAGCUUAUUCAAUUUUUUUAUUUUCUUUUAUAUUGCCCAAUUUGUCCUCUCUUUUCAAUGCAAUUAAUUUUGAUAGUCUUAGUUGUGUUUUCCAAAGUCUAAUGAUACAACACCGUUAAAUUUUUAAUCUUUCCUAAGCUACACAAAUUUUCACCAUAAUAGAAUUACUUGAUGUUUCAAUUGUUCUCUAUCCGUUAUUUAUUCAAACUAUUCGUUUGUUCUUACUUUCCAUUCGUGUUCAUUUAAUACAGUUAGAAAAACAAAUUAUUUUUAUAUAUUAAUUAAUUUGGCGAGACUAUAAUAUAUGGACGACGCCCUUUGAACGAAUCUUAAGUUGGCACCGUGACCUUGAAAUCUCUCAAACGCUUCUGAUUGACUCGUCCAUAAAUUACAGUCUCGCCAUUAAUUUUUGUUAGGGCUUUGGAAAAAUCACAUUGUUUCUUUUCAAAUACUCAUUUCAGUAAAUGAAAUCUGUUAGUUUCUCAAUACGAUGAAAUAAUUUAAUGAAAUUUAUCUGUUUACGACUCUUUAUUAAUGGUUAUCUUUAAAUUAUACCAUGUACAAAUUUUAGGAUUCAGUUUACCUAGUCUUCAUUUCAUUUAAAUUUAAUGUUUAAAUAUAUUAUUGUUGGGUAUUGAUGAUAAUAUGUAAAAUAUUGACAAAUGUUUAUGUGAUACAUUUAGUUGAUUUGAUAAAUUUGAUGUUUGAUUA